UCUAUUCGCGAAAGGGAGUGAGAUACUGAAUAACACAACGCGGCACGCUGUAUUGGCGGGCAGACGUAUCACUUCUUCGACUUCAAGACCAAUAACGCGGGAACACGACCCCGAUCACAAUGGCAGCUACGUGGCUCCUGACGUUCGUGUUAUUCCUCGUGAGUUCUCACGUGUACUCAGCCCCAGCUCACACUGGCAAUGAAGGAUCGGGUACGAAAUCGGAUUUGCCCGUGCAGCAGCUAGAAAAACUUAAAAUGGCGGAGUCUGGCAAGGAGGGUGAGAUGAACAGCGAACACGUGGAAUAUCACCGACUAGAUGCUGUACAAGCGAAUGGUGAGCUGGUCUCAAGGCUAGAACAGCAUGCGUCAGCUGAUGCUGUUGGAAGUGAGAAACCUCAUGUCCAUGCUGAAGCGCAGCUCGAUGUACCAUCUGAAGGUGUUCAUCGAGUGUUAGUCCAAGAAGGCAGUCAUGUCAGCGUACACGAUGCUUCUGCUGUCACAACUCCAGCUAAUGAAGAGGUUACUACUAAGGUGUUCCAUGGGGCUGCUCGACUAGUGCAACCUGGACAGGCUACGAAUGUACCAACUGGUCCCCACACUGCUGUUCGAAGAGCUUUCAACGCGGAUAUCACCAAGGAGACGAAAAAUAAUAUGGACCACUAUGCUGCUUACUCUGGUGUCCAGUACUCGCCGCUGGAUAUGGCGGAGUACGUCUUCUGGACUGGUGAUGAACGAGGAGUUACCACUGCUAUUGAAACCUUCCUUCAGGAGGGAAUGAUGACAAAGGAAGAUGCAAUUGCCUUCCUACAGGAGAUCAAAUUCAACAUUGAUUACUUGCGGGCACACUACUCCCAGAACUUGAAGGCGGCUGAAGAAAGUGCACAGCAGGAGAAAUUAAGGAACAUGCUGAUUGAACAGGCUGAGGCAAAGGAAUACCAAUACCGUAGCCCAGCGCUCCAGUCGUUCCCAUUCGGUAGCAGCCCUGACAUCAUUCGAUCAAUCGCCAACAAGAACUGGGAGUUAAGCAACAACCUGUCGCCCGUGCCAGCCCUACCUGUCAGCAGUGAACUAAGGCCUGAAGCCAUCAAGAGGACUUACGAUCCUAUGUUGACUAAUAGCAUGCUGCCAGGAGUACCAGAGUACGAGCGUGAACCCCAGGCCUUCCCUGAUGAAGAAUAUGAAGAGAUUAUGGACAAACUGAAGCCUACAAACAUUCCUUACAAUGAAUACACGCUUGAGGAGAUUAUCUAUCAGCUGGCUAAGAUGAUGUUCUCCCAGUCCUUGUCCCGAGACCCAGCUUCAGCUCGAUCAGCCACACGACGCUUCAUGUCUUUCCUAGAAGUUCAGGCAGAAAGGGGACAACUAUCGCGCACCAUUGAGAAGAAAGUGCUUGACUUGAUGAUUGCGGCUCUGACGGACACAAUAAGCGACCAUCCAGAACUGCUGUCCUCUCGCGACUCCAUGGCGCCCAAUACACCCAAUAGUCUAAUGGGACGUUUCUACGAAACCAGAGCAGCAAAACCGAACCUUUCCCGAGAAAUACUAACAACAUACAAGAAUGAGCUUCUAAAACCACAAUCGCUGCAUACUUUUAAUUAUCAAGAGACAAUGUAAAGUGUAUACCUAUAACUACUAAUAAUUACGAAUAUAUGACACUUUUCGCAGUGGUAUAUAUUUUACAAGAACAACUUUACUUAACUAAAGAAUAACUUUUACUUAUUCUUUUUGGCAAAACUUUAUAAUAAGUACAUACACAUCAUUUGAUAAAAAAUCACGAUAUUAUUAUAUCUGUUUGUUACGUGUGUGCGGUAUAAACAAAUUGUAGCUACCGACAUAAAAUAUUAGGAAGCAUGCCAUCUAGUGGUGAUUUCCUAUAAACUGCCGUAAAAUAUGGCGUCCAAAAAUAAACAAAAACAUUAAGUUUUAUAGCUUUUGUACGCAGUGUCAUAUCUUCAUAAUUACAAUAACGUAGUACCUAAUUAUUUAUUCUAUAAUUAUUGUAGAGAUGUUUCUUAGAUAAUAAUUCAUUAUUGUCCCAUAUUAUUCUCUCUUCAAUCUCCUUGCUAUUCAUGUUAACUUAAAAAAAAACAAUAAUUAAAAAGAAAAACUUGAUCUCUAAUACUUUUAAAAGGAGCCAAUGUUGUUUUAAAAUUAGUAUUAUAACCUUUAAGUGUUAAGGUAGGUAAGUAAUGUGAAAUAAAUUUUAUGGAAUUUCAAUCCCAACUUUGGAAAAUUCUCUAUUUCAGGUUGACUAAAAGUUGACCGAAAAUUAUUAGGUAAGGGUGUAAGACCAUUAAAUGUCAUAAUAUAAGGAGAGAGAGGCCUAUAAUCGGCAGAGAAUGUAAACCCGAGGAUAAUCUCUACCUUCCCUUCAUGCCAGUCUAAAAGACUAUUUUGAGUUACGUAGAAUCGCGUCUAAAUCCCUUAUUGUAUACCCCAAGAGACUUAUUACAGUAUCAUAAAUAUAAAAUCAAUUAAAUUAUACAAUCUAAGUACCUACAUUAUAAAGGCAAAAUAUCUGUUAGCUUUGCGUGUAAGAAAUUCUCGUUUAGCUUGGUUUAGUAGAUGAAUAUAAGAGCUAAAUGUAAGAUAAUAUCGAAAUAUAUUUAAAUAGUUAGUAUAAUAUUUCUUCAAUAUUUUUCUACAAAACAUUCUUCACCUUUCGUCGCCACGCUACGUACGGUAUUGCUCAGUACCUAGUCCACAGGAUUGGAAGUCUCAACAUAACGACAAAAAACAAUCACUUAUUUGAAAAUUGUAUUAACCUUAUCGUAAGGACUUAAGGUUCAAAAUCUAUAAUUAAAUUACGACUUAGCUACUAAAGUUUAGUUGGUAUACCUAAAUGUCGGGACUGCUGGCCAUUUGUAAAAUUAUCCCAAUAUUAAAAAGCACUCGUUAUCAUUGCUGUUGCAAUUCUAUGAUAAUUAUAAACAAGCGUGGUGAUGAAAUGGUAUUAAUCAUAAUGUGCAAUUUUGUGUUCUAAAGGAGAAUAUAAAUUUUAGUAAAUACUGCACCAAAAACCACAGCAAAUGCAUAUCACUAACAUAUCCAAUUAUAAAUCAUUUGAUCAAAUUUUAAACUACCGUACAAAUUAGUACAAAGCAGAAAAUACUAUAUGAUGCAUUUUAUUAUAUCGUUUGGUAAAUUAGGUAGGUAUUGAAUUAUACAGGCAUCAUUAAAACAUCGUAGAUAGCAGGUUUAUCGACAUUUUAGUUCGAUACGGCAAACACAAAAUUGCACAUUGAAUAAAGAAAAUCUUUAAACUUUCAGCUACAUACCAAAUCUUAUAUGUAUAAGUGAAUGUAUGUAUAGUUUAGAAUUGUGACAUUCUAUUCAAAAAUCACAAAAACACGUUAUAUAACUGUAAGACUUACAUUAUAUUCAGCAUUGUCGGUAUAUUAGUGGUUAGCAAAAUUUAUUAUAUUUAUAUUAUUCUU